CGCCGUACCUUGGACACUGCUGAGACUUUGACAAUGUUGUCGCGUCAAGUAUUAACCGUUGUUGGUGACGUACAUUCUCAGCAUGAAGUAGAACCAAUUCUUAAAGAAGUGCAAAAGUCUUUGCCAAAUGCACCCAAGAAACCUGAACCUUUCGAUUCAAGAGAAGCGUCGGAAGUCGGAAUGUCGAUAGGCAAUACGUUCGUAAUAUCUGAUACUGAACUUACGCAGUUUCAUGAGGAACAUUCCGAAGAGAUGAAAGAUCAGCUUGUGUCCAAGAAUUUUGAUGAAGGAGGCUCCAUGACAAGCCUAUGCGAGAGCACUACAUUAGAUGUGUCGUUAGCCAAUCUUAUGGUAGUGGAGGGAGAAGUCGAGGUGCAUGCUCAAGAUAGAGGUGGUUCACGUAUGAGCGAGUCAGUUGAUCUCAUUACGGUAGAAGCUGCUGAUUCUACUGCAGUUGAGAAGGUCUCUCCACCAUCUACCCUGGCAGAAGCGAGCUUGCAUAGGAAUUUUAUCGCGAAUUUACCUUCUGAAACUUCAAAAAAGGAGAAGAAAUCGCAGUUCGAAGAGAGUAAGGAUGAAUCAGUUAGUGACAAUUCUGCUGCGCAAUUGCAACCAAACACUUCUUUGCUUUCUGAAGAAACUGUAGAGAAGGGAGAGCUUGAGCUUUCAACUUCACUGAUUGCGCAAGACAGUAAUGACCGCUCUGCAACGAUCUCUGGCGGAAACAUUGUGCAUCAGGAUAUCUCAAAAGAAGAUCUCGAUGAGUUUGCUCGCAUGGGUGAAAAAAAGAAUGAAAUUGCUGAGUCAGUUCCGGGGAAAAAGUUUGUUGACUUGUCGAUGGAGGACAAAGCAAAAGCGGACACACAAAAAGGUAAAAGGGAGGAAUACAAGUGCAGAAGCAACUCUAUUUCCAUUCUUUCUAAACGUAACCAGAAUUGA